GUGACAGGUGACGAGGUUGGCCCCGCCGCGGCGGCCGCCACCGCCACCGCCACCAUGUUUCAGCUUCCGGUGAACAACCUUGAGACGAUCCGGAAGGGGCGCGGAGCGGUGAAGAGGAUCCUGUCGGACAUCGGCCUCGAGUUCUGCCAGGAUGCGCUCAAGCUCGACCAUCAGGACCAUGAGGUUGUGUCGUGGUUCUACAAGCACACCAAGUGGGAUCACAUCUCGUGUGGAGACCCUCCCCCGCCCAAGAGGAGGAAGGGCGUGCCGGAGAACACCCGCUGCCGCCUCUGCAGCCACGUGGCGGCGAAUCCCCGCAGCCUCGAGUACCACGCCGACAGCCAGCACUACAACCGCCUGGAGCAGUGCGUCACCUUCGGCUGCGUCUUCUGCCCCUUCCGAGCGGGCCGCCCCGCCAUGGAGCGCCACGUCGCCUCCUUCCACCCGCCGCGCGGCAGCCUCGAGCUGGCGGGCCGCCCCGGCGUCUUCCAGCAGAUGUUCUUCGUGUGCCGCCGGUGCUCGCAGAAGAGCACCAACUUCCUGACCAUGCGCACGCACGUGGCACGCGCCCACCGCGUCGGCGUCGCCUCCGAGGUCAUCGGCAUCGUCCUGGAGAUGUGCCGCAUGCAGGCGCCUGCCGGCGGCGGCUCGCGCGGCUCCGGCGCCGGGCAGCAGCACGCGUCCGCCGUCGUGGUGUCGGCCGCGUCGGGGAGGGGAGGCGGCGGAGGAGGCGGUGGAGGCGGAGGAGGAGGAGGCGGCGGAGGCGGUGGAGGAGUGCCGAACGGCGCCGGCGGGGGCGUGGGUCCGUCGCACGUCGGCGCCUCGUCCAAGAACGGCCGCUACGUCGACGUCUACUUCUGCAAGCGCUGCGGACUCAAGGAGGAGUCUUACCCCAACAUGCUGAAGCACGUGGCCAAGGUGCACGGCAACGUGGAGCCCAAGUCCCUGAUCGGACACUUCCUCAAGCUCGGCGGCCUGCACCCGGCCGAGGUGAGCGGCGUGCGCAAGCCCCCGCCCGCCGGCGGCGGCGCCGGCGCCCCUCCCGCCGGCUACUCGGGCGCUCACUCGAGCCGCCUGCCUCCCCAGCAGCAAAUGCACCACCAGCAGCAGCACCACCAGCAGCAGCAGCAGCAGCAGCUGUGGGGCCGCGUUCCUUCGCUCGCCGGGCACCAGCAGGGCGGGCGCGGCGGCUCCGGCGGCGGCGGCGGCUCCGGCGCCAACUCGACGCAGAAGUGGAAGCUGUGCGAGCGCUGCAUGGAGCUGGUGCCGGAGGAGUCGUACGGGAAGCACCUGGCGACGCUGUGCCCGGCGCUCGGCAAGCGGCUGCCUCCGCACGGGCACCAGCAGCAGCAGCAGCAGCAGCAGCAGGGCGGCAGGGCGCCGGCCGACCCCGUGGUGCGCUGCGGCAUGUGCAGCGCGUUGGUGCGCCGAAGCAUGUUCUCGACUCACCUGCUGGCGCACGGCGACGUCUGCUACGCCUGCCGCAUGUCCUUCCCCAACUCGGCGUCGCUCAUGGCCCACGCGCACAAGAAGCACGGCAGCCAGCUGCCCGUGCCCUUCCCCCUGCCGCUCAGCUCCAAGCACCCGAGCAACCAGACGGCGCACGCCGGCGGCGGCAGGUCGGGGUCGGCCGGCCAGCCGAUGUCGUCGGCCGGGAUGGGCUACGCGGCGGGCGCCGGGGUUUCCGGCGCGGCCAGGGGCGGCGGCGGCGGCGCCGGGCGGUCGCAGGCCGCCGGGCGGCGGUGCCGGCGCGACGGGGAUGUCGUCUCGGUUCCCGGCGCAGCAGAGGCCCGGCGCGAACCGCAACGCCGCUCAGCAGCAGCAGCAGCAGCAGCAGCCGCCGGUGCUGGCCGACGGCAACAUCGUGGUGAAGUCCCUGUGCCUCUUCUGCCAGGACCGUGUGAUCGGCCUCAAGAGCCAGCUGAGCUCGCUCAUGGAGCAGCACCUCCACGCCAAGCACAACGUGUUCACGCUACGCCACCCCAGCCGUCAGACGGUCUCCUACUGCUGCACGCGCUGCCGCGGCCGCUACCAGGACCCCGUGCAGUCCAGCACCAUCGCGGCCCACCAGAAGCACUGCGUGGGGCGAGUGCCGCCCAAGACCCCCGGCGGCGGCGGCGCGGCCGGCGGCGCCGGCGCCGGUGGCGGCGGCGGCGGCGGCGGCGCCGGCGCCGUCCAGACGCCGCCCAACCUGGCCAAGGGCGGCAACGGCGGACUCGGCGGCGUGCUCGGGGGCUCGAUAGGCGCCAGCGGCACCACCAGCAUCGGCGGAGGGGGGAUGGCGGUGACCGGCGGCGUCCAGCCGCCGCGGCAGACGGGGCGAAGGACGGGCGGCGCGCGGGGGGCGUUCGCCGGCGGCCACGGCCAAUUCGGCGGCCCGUCCCUCGGCCGGCGCGGCCGGCGGCGGCGGCGGCGGCGGCGGCGCGGGGGCGGCGGCGGCGGCGGCGCCGGCGCCGGCGAAGGUGAACCUGGCGCUGAGCACGGAGAGCGUGGAGGGGAAGAGCUACGAGGAGCGGAAGCGCUUCCUCGUCGGCUACUUCCACGCGAGGCCCUACCCCAACCGGCAGGAGGUGGAGGCGCUGACGUCGCGCCUGUGGCUCAACAAGA